UUUUUUUACAAGUUCCAACUGGUGAUUCCCGUGAGUUUCAGUUUUUCUCGUGAGCAAGGUAUCCGCUUGAUCUUGAAAGUCCGCAUUUUGCCGUUGAAAGCGGGAUCAAUUGAACAAAAAAUGGGGAGAUUGAAGUGCUGCUUAUUAUUCGCAGCGAUGACUCUGUCACUGAUCAAAGCCGACGAAGGCUGGAAACGAUUGAUGGACCUCAAUACAGCCCAGGAGCAUCGAUCAGCUCAGUGGGCCAGGAGUAGCAAUCAUGCCGGUGGCAAUCGAGUGCCCUUCGCUCCGGAAGACAUUGCCAUGCCACCACCGUGGCUCUUACCCAAUCAACAGCCUCAAGUGGCUUUCCCCGUUGCCCAGGCGCAAGUCAGGAGCUUCUUCGAAGAAGAGGUGGUAGAAUGGCCACCCCGAUCGGCCAAAAAAUCGAACCAAUACGUCCCGGAGCCAUCACAGCAUCCUCAACCUCCGCCGCAGAUCAUUCACACGACGCUUCAGCCGCCUAGAAGACAAUGGACGGACACGGCUAUUCGUCCCGUACAGCACAUUCGAUUCGAAGCCGAUCGUCCAUCAACGUCGCAACGACCCCAAGCGGAGCCGAAGCCGGCCCCUGCUGUCAAACAACGCGAUCCAGCAGCUGUCACUCAGCAUGUUGUCGACCUGAAAAAAAUACCACCACCACCUGUGGCUCCUACGGUCGAUCUCAAAGAGCCGUACCGUACGGUUGCUGAACCAAAGCCGGAGCAACAUCGACGUCAGAACAAACAGCAACAACAAACGGCCAGUCGCAAAUCCGCUAUCUCUUACGACUCGAGUGAAUACGAUUACGAAGAAGAAGCAGCUGCCAUUUCCAACAGCGCUCAUCAAGACAAGCAAAUGAGCAUCCAUUCUAAAAUGGACGAAUCGGAAGGAGGUCAGAGUUCGUACGACGAGUCGCCAUCGUUGACGUCGGUGGAUGCCAGCAUGUCCGUCAGCGGAGGUCAGGACGAUUUUUACGCGAAGGUAGCGGCUCCUGCUGCGACGCAACGUCGCCACCAGUUCGUCCAGCAGUUCGUCCAUCAACCUGAAUCGCGCCGUCAGCCACAGGCGGUUAGCACCGAAGAGGCAGAUGUGGAACAGCACCAAGCGUUUGAUUAUGGUAAAACAAUUUUCCGCACGCAACUUGGCUCGGGGCAAGUCGGCCGCCAACAUCCGCACGAGUACGAGGGCCAAGUCCAACAGCGGGAAAACGGAAGGCCGUCGACAUACGUGGACGAAGCAACGGAGACGGAACGACAGCAAGCAGCCAAAGCGAAACAAGGCCAGCCAGGUGUGCGGAAGCAACAGCUACGACAGCAGCAGCAGCAGCAGCCAUUAGAGCGAAACACGGCGCCACCAGAAGCGUCCGUUUUCGAAGCCGAACGACCUAGUUUCUUUUCGACGAACCUGCAGGCCUCGCCCAACCAGCGACAGUUCCAGGUCGGCCAACAACACCAUCAGCGGCAGCAGUUGGCGCCUCAACAGCCAGCUGGAGAUUGGCCACCACGCCAUCCGGCGCCGGAAUCGAAUCGCAAGAAUAAGCCGAGGACUCCGUACCGGCCUGAAGAGCAACCAUCGCGCGAGAAUUUUGUUAACGUGCCAAAAUACAAGCCCAGCAAUCCGACCGUUGCGCCGGUGCAACGCUAUCAGGAGGAAGCGGAAGACUUCCAGCGGGAUCAUCAAUCUGAUUUGCAAGCGCCGUAUCAUCAUCAGCAACAGCCUUACAGGCCUGAAGAGGACGGUGUGAAUUACGGUCAACCUGAAGAACAUCACAGGCCGGAAGAGAAUCAUAGACCGGAAGAACAUUACAGGCCGAAAGAGCAUCACAGAACGAAGGAACAUCAUCAACCGAUCUACGACAAUCAAGAACAAGUUCAACACGGGAAGAAGAAUAACGUGCGUCAACGUCGUCCCGAGUCCCGCCCUGGGCCGGAAUCUGAGCCGACUCAGAGCAAUCCUUGGCAUACAAAGCAAGGUCAACCGGAAGGCAAUGCCUACGAUCCUUAUGAGGAACAAAGGCAAGAGCCUCACAGGGAACAACAGCACGUUCAACAUCAUCACGAACCAGAGCAACAGCACGAACAGCAUCAGCCGGAAGAACCCCUGCCGGUUGCGCCCAUUCCAGGACGGCGGCCACCUGGCGGAAGACCCUCAUUCCAACCCGAGGAACAGUUCAAUGGACCUGAAAAUGAUCCAAAAGGAAAUAACGAAAGUGAAUUCGAGGAUUCGCCACCUUUCGUAGCCCCUACGCAAAAAAGACCACAACAUCCUUCACCCAACAGGCCGCGACCUCAUCGCCCUCUGCCUCCACCGCAACGACCCAGGGACGCGUCCAUCGUCACUCAGGGUCUCAACACAUUGAAGAGCCUCGUCGGACUUCAGUCAACGCAACAACGGCUCAGACCACAACCGAAUCCUGACGCACGUCGGCCUGAAAGGCAUCGACGACCGGGUGGAAGGAGGCCACCCCAUCAUCCUUCCGGAAAUUCGUUUGAUAACGGAGGAGAAAUAGGCCGAGUGGACCAAUUGGAUGCCGGCGGAGAUGAGUUCGAUGCGGCUGAUUUGAACAACGCGCCAGUUCAAGCCCGUCACAACGUGCAACCAAUCAAAGAAGAGCCCAUGGAACAUCGCAGCGAUCCCGAUGAUGACAUUCCCGAUUUCCUCCCGCCCGUUAUGUCGUCCACGGAAAGUCCCCUGCGGAUCACAGCGCCACCUGUUCGUGUGACCGAAGCACCUGAACUGCCUGUUCCAGUAUCUACAACGGCCGCACCGGAAGAACCCAAAAGCACGCUCUUCCCUCCAUUCAAUAAGCGCGUCCGUCCACAGCCUCCAUCACCUGCCCAGACGGAGAGUAAAGCUAAUGCGGCUAAAGACAGUUCGGCCGGCCAGCUGAGGAUCACGUCGUACAAGCAACGCAUCGAAGCCAUGAAAGAGCGGGCCAAACUUCGAGAACAACUAGCCCAAUCGAAGAAAGAUGGCGAAUCGACUGCCGAUAAUAUAGCGGAGCCAGUCGUUCCAGUUUCAGUGACUAGCACGUCCACCACGACGGCUAGACCAUCGACAACACGGGCUAAAAUACCACCGAGGAUGCCUGUUAGGAGGCCUGUCACUGCCUCCCCAACGUCUACCAGCAGCACGACCGAGAGUGUUCCAGUAUCUGUAGAAAAGAGCCAAGAAACGAAAGAAUCGAAUUACGAACAAUACAAAAGACGAUUCAAACCAAAGGCUUCGGCCAAUCGACCGGUGAAAGAAGAAGAGCCGGUUACACCAACAGCUGAGGUGGCCCCUGUUCAAGUUGAUGUCCAGGAAGAAGAGCCUUCUGGCAGGAAGAAUCUCUUCGGCAAGAUGCCCGGUAGUCCUUUCGUUCGAAGAAGAAUCCAGCAGAAGCAGCAACGAGAAGAGGAAGAAAGGUUGUUAGCGGAAGACAGUCCUAAACCUGUUGUUAAGGAAGAGGUGGUGGAGAUGCCCAGUAUUCCACCACGACCUAACAAGAGAAUGAGACCAGGGCAAUUUGCUCGUACCACAACAGCUGCACCGAUCAUCGAACCGUCAUUGGAUGAUGAAGAAGAGUCUGGCUCGGUCCUCGCAUCACCUGACCAAUGGCCACCCACAUCGGAGCCGCAGAUUUCUGGUAAAACAGAGACGUCCAGCAUGCCAAAGGCUGAGGAAGAGGCAGAAUCUGCGAAGAUUGAGCUCGUGAGCGUGGCUUCCAUCGCGACAGACAAAGACAUUGAGAAUCCCGAACCACAACCGAUUGAAGAGGAACAGGAUUACCCAACGCAUCAGCAACAAAGUUAUGCUUACGAAUCAGCUGGUCAGCCUUUCUUGGACAAGCCGGACUUGUCCAGCGAACGUGUAGAUAGCAACAUCGAAGAGAAAGAAGAUAAGGAACCCGUUCCAGUUCAAGAAAAGCCGCGUCAUUCGUUCUUCACCAUGGCAACGAACGAUCCCAUUUUGCCUAUUGAAGAGUUGUUGAACAUCCGCGUGAGGGACAACGGCAAAGACAUGUGAUCACUGAACGAUUGAAAAAUUUGCGCACGUAUCGCACACGAACAAAAGAAAAUGGCAGGCCCUUUUUUUUUUGUUUUGUUUUCCAAUUCUUUCGUUCCAGCUGGAUCCCAGCCUUAUUCCCGCUUGUCCACUACCUGCGACCUUAAACUCUUUUCCUGGCCAAUCAGCAAUGCUCCCCCCAUCUUUUUACGCAUCGGUUUGUUCUCCAAACAAACUCGAAUUUCUUUGUUCUAUUAUUGGUUGAUGUCUUUUGUAAAUAAAAACACACUUGAUUAUGCUC